AUGAGAGCCAAGCUUAUGCAUUGCGACAUAAAGCCGGCCAACAUCCUCCUGACGGAGACCCAGACCGCGAAGAUCGCAGACUUCGGCCUGGUGUACAAGUUGGGGGACACAGCGCCCUUCCGCGGAACCAUGUGUUACAUGCCCGCCGACGAGGUCUUAUCCUUCACACUGACUCCAUGGACGGACCUCUACGGGCUAGGGGGGGCGACGCUGUUUGAGGAUCGCAGGGCGAUCCGGCCCAUCCCGCCCAAGAAGGCCGUCCAGUGGAGGGCAUACGACGGCCUGCUGGCUGGCAUCUUCAAGAAGUGCGUCGACAAGUGGAGCUGGAUCAAGGGCGGCCAGGACUCCGUGAAGUUCCUGGCGGAGCUCAUCCAGGAACUCCGCGACUACGAGGACACGAUGGGCAACCGCCAGGGCCCGAAUGCUGGAGGUAAGCGGAAGAAGCAGCGCACUGGCCCGGAGUCAGCGGCGGUGGUGGGCGGCGACGACGAGAUGAGUGACAAUGAGGUCGUGGUUGUGGAGGAUGACGAGAGCGCUGGCUCUAAGAAGGCCGACGACCCGCCGAUGCCCUUAGUGGACACCGCCUGGUUGAGCUAUCUGGCCCAGUGUACUGCACCCAGCCUGCUCAGCCGCCCCGAUCAGCAGGAAGUGCACGGCAAAGGCGGCCGAGGUUCGUCUGGCGAGGGCUACCCCCUCCGUUACGUACAGGAACGCUCCCAGUGGCAAGAUGUGUUUUACUUUUUGGCAGCCAAGGCGGCGACGACCUGCAGUGGACCUGGCCUGACCAGCCUGAGGACGAGCCUGCCUUUGAAGGCAGCACCUGAGGUUGGGCUCAGUCGGCUGUCGGCCUCUGGCACAAUGCCGGAGCAUUUCAGCAAAUGGAAGCUGAACAAGGCUGAGCAGAAGUCAGUCGAGGAAGAGGAGAAAAGGGUCUACGCGGAGCGCAAGACUGCUGGCGAUUCAGACGAGGACGCUCAGAAGGCAGCUUCAGAAGCCGCGGCGACCAAGUCGAAGGCUCUGAAGGAAGCAAAGAUGGUGAAGAGCCAGGUCAAGAAGAACCAGCCACAGUCGGCGGCGGCGGCUAUCGAUGCUCCGGAAACGGCGCCUCAGAACAACACCCAGUACUACGAAGCGCUCAUCGACGCCGUCAACGUGAUCCUUCAGUGCCCCACCUUCGUUGACCUUCAGACGACCGCUGCGCCGCUGCCGAUCAACACCAAGCCGGGAGAAGACCAGUCAGGAGUUCAGGCAGUCUUCGACCCACGGGAGUGCAAGGCAGCAUUGACGAAGGAAGGAUGCUACAGGGCCGCGAUCAACUUGAUGUGGAUUGACCCAUUUGGGUCCACAACGCCCACAGUACCGCUCAGUGUGGAGAGGGUCCGGGAACUCGGGCAAUUUGCUUGUCCCGCCGGGGAUGCAAAGCACUUGACCGAGAACUUCACAGUCGCGGUCGACAGCCCGGACCAGGACAUGCUGGAUAGCAAGGGGAAGUGGAAGGCUGUGAGCCCGGAGGAAAUGCAGCACGCCUUGCUGUUCACCUUAGCGGAUGUCAUCAAAGACCAGGCGCCUGAUGAGAAGCUUGCUGCCUGGCGCCGGGUCUUUUUGUCGGCGCCGGCAGUGUUCACAGUGGUGGGCGGGGGAGACAGCUUGUACUGGCACAGCUUCCACCGGAGGCAGCAAGUGGUGCAGACUUACGACUCCCUCAAGAGAAGCGCUCGACAACUCGCUUUUGAGGUGACUGCCUUCAAAAACAAGAAGGAGUCCGAGGCUGGCGAGAGACUUGGAGUUAAGGAGGUGCAAGACAUCUUCCGGUCCAAGGCCCUCAUGGCGAAAUCCUCCGUGAAAGGCGACAUGGCGGAUGGAUUCGUGAAGGACUGCCUGUUCGUCUAUGAGAAGUUGCUCGUGGACACAACCUGCAACGAGGUGCUGGACAAGUUGGAGAGCAAGUAUGGCUUGGAGUCGCCAUUGAACUCCCUUCAGAAACUUCGGGUGCUGAUUGAAAAAAGCGAGAACAUGGAGACCAGGCAAUGGAUUCUGAAAGUGAUUUGCGACAUGGUGGAGGGAGGAGCGCUUGAGCGCGAGACCAUCACCAAGACCUACCUCGCUGGGACGCCCACAGCCGCAUCGCUGGUCGAGCUGUUGAAGCUGAAGCGAACUGUGGCGCAUCACUUUUUGCAGGUGGAGAUGCCACGCAGCCAGUUCGACACUCAGGACCUUGCCAAGAUCCACUCGAAGAUCAUGACGAUUUGCAGCUACCGGAAAUACGUGACCGCUGCUAACCUUGAAGGUCCAUCUGAAGUUCAAUGGAUGUCUUCGUUGAAGCGCUCCAGCAUGCUUGUGCUGAGGUUGAUCGAGGACAUCCUGUACACGACGACGCUCAACGGCCCCUUGAUUGCUCUUCUGAAGAAAGGAAAGGGAGCCAACCCGCUUGAGCUGCUCGAGAUCGAGACGUUCAGUCUACGAUGGAAGGCUUGCGUGGCAGCAAAAGACAAUGAACUAGCUGCAGAGAAAGCGCUCUACAAGGCGGCCGAGGAGGAGCAGGACGAGCAGGACGAGUGCACGAAGAUCGCGCAGGGCAGCGUGGCUCCGCAGCCUUCAAAGUACCCCAAGGGCUCGGCUGAGCAUUGGACAGCGACGGCAGCGCAACAGGUUGCGAUCUAUGUGUCGUUGCGGGCCGAGCCUCCAACCCAGUCUGCCGUUGCCCGGGCCGUAGGGGAUAGCGGCCUGAAUGGCGACCUCCGCGGCGUGCAGGGCAAGAGCGGUGUCAUGAUCCACUUUGACGCCAACCUGUUUGCAGAGGCCGCCAAAAGGCCUGACCGAAGGUUUCCGCCACUGAGCCCAGCCCUCAUGAAAAAGUUGAUCCACGGCAGCAUCAAGGGCCGCGGCGGCCUGGCGAACAAGAAGGUGGCAGAGGAUCACUUCGACCGUCCAAUUGACGGAGACUUCAUUUUCUUGAACGAUGCUGGGCGGAACGUGCUGGAGAGCCUCUUGGCGCCGUUCAAGUCGAAGGAUGGCAAGGGGGCCUUGGCGCACUACCUGGAGCACACGGAGAUCACGCUGUGCCUCAGCCAGGAGUCAAUGGAAGGAAAGAAGAAACUGAACCGCGGCAUGAUCAACCAGAUUCAGCGCUGGCACGUGAUCAGCACCGAGCCCAUGAAAGAGAUGUACGGAGACAAGAUGAUGGGCGCAGAUUCUGCCGAGGACGCAAAGGAGAAUGAAGAACAGCAGCGAGACGGUGACUCUUAUGAGCCUGCCUUCUUCAACCACUUGCCGGUGACGCUGUACUCAGACGCCCUGGCCGCGUACGAGAUCACAGGCGUGCUGGAUUGCACGCCAGGCGCAGGAGAUCUGGCCAAGGCGGCCUUGCUGCGGAGGAUUCCUUACAUGGCCCUGACCAUGACAGAGACUCACGCUUCGCUUCUCCAGAGUGAGCUGGUCAAGUUUGUCAAGCAACAGAUGCAGACAGAAGGGUCUACGUUCUACGCGCCUGAGUGGGCGGCAGCUGGCAAGAAGGAUGCGGAAGCCGAAAAGGGCAAGAAGACGCCAAAGCGGCCGACGCCCGCCCCCGGAGAUCCGGCGCCUGAGCCGGAGCCUAAGAAGCCAAAGACGACGAAUAAGAAGACGGGGAAGGCGGAGAAGAAGCAGAAGAAGGAAAAACCGACUGGCAACGCGCCGCCGGCCUCCCAGCUGAUUGACGAUUCUGAAUCAGACUCGGCCAGUCAGUGA